AUGGCGCCACUCUAUAACGGCGAAGACGACGACGUCGCAACGACAGAGCGGCUCCCAGUUGAGGAAACCGGACCCUUCGCAUGUCUGUGCAAUAAUCUCGUGAAAUCCUUUUGCGCCGCCACCACCGUGCGCAACAAGCGGGUCAUCGUCAGUCUUGGCUUGCUCCUGCUGCUCCCUGCGGUCCUCAGUGUGCUGUUUCUGAGCUGGAAGGUGGAUGGCGUCAUUGCGUGGCCGUGGGGCACUGUCUUUUUGUUUGUGUGGCUCGUGGAUGCGAUGUGCCUUGCGUACUACCCCCGUAUCAUCCCGAGGUGGUCGGCCUCGCUCGAGCUCUCGUCAAGAACGAACGCAGUUCAUUUUGUGAGCUUUGCGUGUAUGGUGCUCUGCCACGUCUUUAUUGCGCUGCGCCUGGACGGUCUCGUUGACUGGAAGUGGACGUGGGUCUUGCUUCCGUUUAUUCUCACUGGGAUGCUCAAGCGCUCAAACCACGUUGCGGUGUUUGCGUGGCUCCAGGUUGUAUUUCUCGCCCCGCGCCUCGAUGCCACGCUCCUCUGGCCAUGGCCCAUCGUCUUUUUACCCCUGGAGCUCUACGCGAUCGGCUGUCUCGCCUACUGCAUGUACACGCUGAGUACAGCGCCUCCGCGGCAAGAACGGGCCAAGGCCGGGGCGACGCUUCUCGGUCUUGUGCUCUUGCUUGGGAUACCACUCGUGCUCCUACUGCUGCGGCUCGAAGGGACUUGCGAGUUCUCGGCCAUGUCCAUUCUGACGUCGUGGCUCGUGGGCUAUGGUAUUUUGGCGAUCGCGGGUUUGGCCAACAUCCACUGGAGUGCGCCGCAGGAUGAUUUCGUGUAG